AUGGCAGGGCAGAGGAUCACUCAUGGAGCUAGUCGUAAUCCUGUUGCUAUCAUAAAGAUAGAAGCGAUAGAAACCCUGAAGCUGCCAAAGGAUAAGGUUGUUAUAUCAUUCUUCGAUUUGAAACCUACUCAUGUUGGCUUCAAUGGAACGACCGUUGCUGCUGCCACAUUAAAUUGGAGACCAGUGAUUACAUUUCAGAUAGAAGCCAUAGGUGCGAUGUCACCGGAGGAUAAUAUUCGCCAUACUCAAAAG